UGUGCGGCCAAUUGUAAAUCGCAAACAGAGCAAGUGGUCACACAGAAACGCUAAUGUUUUUCUACACUACUGAGUGUAUAUUAACCGCAUGUUCCACCUCCGCCAACAGGUUGAUUCUAUGUUAUUUGCUUUCUCUUUGCUAAUGAUGUUAGCGCGAGGAGGACUCCUGUCCAGAUUCGUAUGGAACGGUUGCCGAAGGUCACUUUCCCUGCUAGUUAACAUUGAAAUGCCAAUAUUAAAUAAUAAUGAUGGGAAACUUCACAUCCUCAAGUGGUCUGUCAAGCACAGCAGCGUGUGGUCAGUUUCUACAGGAGGUGGUGUCGCAUAACUGCAUUGUCAUAUUUUCCAAGACCACUUGUCCAUAUUGCAAAAUGGCCAAGAAUGUAUUCAAUGAAAUUGGUGCUACAUACAAGGUGAUAGAGCUGGAUGAACACAAUGAUGGAAGACGACUACAAGAGGCCUUGGCGCAGAUGACCGGUGCCAGAACAGUUCCGAGGGUCUUCAUCAAUGGAAACUGCAUUGGAGGAGGCUCUGACACAAAGGAGCUACACCAGAAGGGAAAGCUGCUGCCGCUGAUAGAACAAUGUGCCCCGUGCUGCGUGAAAACUAACUCUGAAGGCUCGGGCAGCGGACAGUUUGAGUCCACCAAAUGACUAACUGUUCUAUUUCUCACUGUAAUUUAUCCUGUUUUUAUUUAAUGUUUCCUCAACUUUGUGUGAUACAUUAUAUGGGUUCUAUGUGGUUUAUUUACCAAGAUGCACACUUGUUAUCGUCACCCUUCGUCUACAUUCAGGGAAUGUAUAGUAUUUUAAUGAAUUAAACUCCAAUAUUUUCAAGGGAGGACUGUGCCUAAUUAUUUGCAUGCCUGUGAAGUAAGAAAUACAUUAACUGGUUUAACAUGAUACACUGGUUAAAGUUAUGGUAGCGCUUCAUAAUAAAAGCAACAAUGUGUUA